AUGAAGGAGACACGCUAAAAAGUCUGUAAGCUAAGUAGGUACAAUUUAACAAAUUAAAACUAGAAAUGGGACUGAGGAGACAAAGGGUAUGUACUGGUGAGAUGUGAGAUUGUGUGAUAUUUUCAAUGUAUUGGCAACGAGUUCAGAGGUUGGGAGACCUUCCAAUAGAGCUGCUAUCAUACUGUCUUUUACCAUGUCAAGAGCAGGUGCCAUCAGACUCAGUAUCCUCUUCAUCCUCAUCUUCAUUCUGUGUCUACCAGAGUUUUUCCAAAACAUAUCACAGAUUGAGUUUCUAUGUGAGCCUUUUGAUCCUUGUACACCUGAAAAUGGCUCAGUUGAUGCACAGGUAUGUGGUCCUCCAUGCACUGAGGUAAUAACAAAUGCCAGCAGUCAGGACAGACAUGGGGAAGGCUGGUAUAUGUGCCAGGUUGAGGUGGACCUGCAUGAUCUGCAGAACAAUACCUUGCAGUCAGGAGAGCAUGUGAUAAUGGUACUGACACUUAAGGCAGGCAAUCUCUCUUCAUGGAGCGUUAGUGUGUUCGCAUUUCUCAACCACACUGGACCUCAAAAAGACCAGAGACUAUUUUACUGCUACAAUCCACCAGACAAAAGCAAAUGUCCAGAUCUGAACAUAUCCACAGAAGAACCAACAAAAGAAAACGCAAGCCCUCCAAAACCAAACAACUCAACUUUAAUAGCCAUUACUUCUACAAAACUUAAAAACACUACACUAUCUUUGCAAGAAACCACUUCUACACAUGAGCUCAACUGCCAACCACACAGCAAUGGUUACCUCUUUUACUACCAAGAACACAACCAGACAGAAAGAUCUUCUGCAGUUCCAGUGACACACACAAAAAGAGAGAGUCGGUGGUGUGUGAUCUCUGCAGUGUGGCUGAUUCUGGUAGUGACUCUGGUAGUGCUGAUUCUACUGAUUGUGGGCUGCCUGAUCUCCAAGAGCAGACAUCUUUACCAAAGAAGGUCCACUUUGGUUUCAGUUCGUGACUAUCAGCUCAAAGAGCUGAGCAAGAAAAGAGAAAAUUCGAUGAGCAACAUUCCUGGUGUGUCCAUUGCGAUGAGCAGUAUUGGUGAUGAUGAUGAUGAUGAUGAUGAUGAUGAUGAUGAUGUCUUCUCUGAGAUCUCUUCAAAAGAGAACAGAUUAGAUGAAAACAUGCUCAGGGUGGAUGAAGUCCUGUACAAGAGAAGAUUGUCACCAAUUUUUGAGAUGACAGAGACCUCAUAUGAUGAAGAAGACGAUGAGGAAGUCGGUCAGUGUAAUGCCCUGGUAAUAUAACAAGCUCACCUGCAUCUUCAAAGCAAGCCUUUUGCUCCGGUCAUGAAAACAACGAGAAGCUUUCAACAGAGGGACUCGUGAUAGAAAAUAAUGUAUUUUUACAUGACCAGAAUUAGCUCCGGCAACUUUCAUGUGAAUACUAUUUUAAAGGAAUAUUUCACCCAAGAUGUUAAUUAUGUCAUCAUUUAUUGACCCACAUGUUGUUCCAAACCUGUAUGACUUGGGAAAUGCAGAAUGACAGCCUCAGUCACCUUUCACUGUAUGGAAAAUUAGCAAAAAGGUAAAUGGUGACUGAGACUAUCAUUCUGCGUAUUCAUAUUGUGUUCCACAGUACAAAGAAAGUCAAAGGGGUUUUGAAUGGCAUGUGGGCGAGAAGAUGAUGACAGAUGACAGUGUACAGAAUAUUAGAUCACCCUGAGAAUUUACAGGAAAUACACCUUUUUGCAAUACAAAGACUUUUGGUAAAGGAGGUGUUAGCAGAUCACAUCAAGUAUAUUGAAUUUCACCUGCAUCUAGAGGCUUUGUUUUGUUUCUAAUUCUAGAAUCUGGUUGGAAACAUAAACUGCAGUGUGUGGUUUUCUAAUUCCCAUUUAGCAAGCAGUAUGGAUACACUAAUGUGAUUCUUUAAUUGUAUGACACCAGUCUAAAGCUUGUGGGUAUUGAAAAUAAGAUUUAUGUUUUCAAAAAGCACAUUCCAUCUCCAAAAACAAUACACUCCUAGAUAAUAUAACAGUUUUGAAUAAAGCAUUUGCAUAUUAUACAUUAAAUUAGUGUCAGUCACAAAAUCUAACAGCAGUCAAAUGGAGAGUAAAUGUUUAGUGAAUUGUAAAUAUUUUGUAAGGUAAUUGCUCAUUUAAAUUCAGCAAUUUUUAGUACAUCUAUUUUACAUAUUUAUACCAAUAUACCAUAUUUAAAGGGGUCAAGACAUGCCUUUUUAAUUCAUUUUAUUUUUUAUUAUUAUUUGAAUAUGUUCCUUGAGUUUGACUUAUAAUAUUAAUAAUGUUUUUAGCACAAAAAACACAUAUAUUUGUAAAACAUUCUGACCCUCUGUCAGAAACACUCUGUUUUUGUGCUGCGACUCCUUUAAGGCUUAACAGUAAACGCCCACUUUUCUGAUUGGCUCUCUGCUCUUGACUGACCUGAUCUCUCUCCUUGCCAUCUCACUGCUAUUCGGCGGGACUACUUAAGUGAUAAGGUAAAGUAGGCAUUGAUGUGUUGUUGUGAAGGCGGUCAAAUGCAAAUGUUUAGCACAGUGUGACAUCACAAUGUGGAGGAAGUAGAGAACGAGUCGUUUUGGCAGCUUGGUUUCAACAAAUGCUCUUUUUGCUGUGAGGAGGAAGUUUUGAGUUCUGAAACUUACAGUAUGUUUUUAUAGUACAAUGACUUCUUAUAUGUUUAAAGAUCAAGGAAAGUUUGAUUCCUCAUGUCAUGACACCUUUAAAAUGGCAUUCAAUCAGCCAUCUAGAUAUCUGUAUUGGCCAUUAAAUAACACAUAUCAGACCACUAGUUAAUGCUUUCUCUAAAAAUUUCAAAUGAGAUUUGACAAGAGAACUGGCCGUUUAGACAUACUAAUACAUUUGUCUUUUGAAAUGUAUUAAUCAUAUUCUUCAUUCAUUCAAAUUGUACUGUAGUUCCCAGAAAUGUGAUGUAAUGAGAUGUACUGAGAACCGAAUGCUUUGAAUGUAAAACAUAACUUUUUCACAACAGAUGGUAAAAGAAUUCAC